UCACAACCAAUGGUAUGACUACCGAGGAGGAGACAACUGAAUUAGGAACAACUGAGGGAUUCACUUCAGAUGUUACAUCAACUGGGCCUUCAGCAUCAGAUAUCACAACUAAUGGUCUAACUACUGAGGAGGAGACAACUGAAUCAGGAACAACUGAGGGAUUCACCUCAGAUAUGACAUCUACUGCUCUACCAACAUCAGAUAUCACCACCAAUGGUCUAACUACUGAGGAGGAGACAACUGAAUCAGGAACAACUGAGGGAUUCACCUCAGAUAUGACAUCUACUGCUCUACCAACAUCAGAUAUCACCACCAAUGGUCUUACUACUGAGGAGGAGACAACUGAAUCAGGAACAACAGAGGGAUUCACCUCAGAUUUGACAUCUACUGCUGUACCAACAUCAGAUAUCACAACCAAUGGUCUAACUACUGAGGAGGAGACAACGGAAUCGGGAACAACUGAGGGAUUCACCUCAGAUAUGACAUCUACUUCUCUACCAACAUCAGAUAUCACCACCAAUGGUCUAACUACUGAGGAGGAGACAACGGAAUCGGGAACAACUGAGGGAAUCACCUCAGAUAUGACAUCUACUGCUCUGCCAACAUCAGAUAUCCCCACCAAUGGUCUGACUACUGAGGAGGAGACAACGGAAUCGGGAACAACUGAGGGAAUCACCUCAGAUAUGACAUCUACUGCUCUGCCAACAUCAGAUAUCACCACCAAUGGUCUGACUACUGAGGAGGAGACAACUGAAUCAGGAACGACUGAGCGAUUCACCUCAGAUAUGACAUCAACUGGGCCUUCAACCUCAGAUAUCACCACCAAUGGUCUAACUACUGAGGAUGAGACAACUGAUUCAGGAACAACUGAGGGAUUCAUCUCAGAUAUGACAUCUACUGCUGUACCAACAUCAGAUAUCACCACCAAUGGUCUAACUACUGAGGAGGAGACAACGGAAUCGGGAACAACUGAGGGAAUCACCUCAGAUAUGACAUCUACUGCUCUACCAACAUCAGAUAUCACCACCAAUGUUCUAACUACUGAGGAGGAGACAACAGAAUCGGGAACAACUGAGGGAUUCACCUCAGAUAUGACAUCUACUUCUCUACCAACAUCAGAUAUCACCACCAAUGGUCUAACUACUGAGGAGGAGACAACGGAAUCGGGAACAACUGAGGGAAUCACCUCAGAUAUGACAUCUACUGCUCUGCCAACAUCAGAUAUCACCACCAAUGGUCUGACUACUGUGGAGGAGACAACUGAAUCAGGAACGACUGAGCGAUUCACGUCAGAUAUGACAUCUACUGCUCUACCUACAUCAGAUACCACCAAUGGUAUGACUACCGAGGAGGAGACAACUGAAUCAGGAACAACUGAAGGAUUCACCUCAGAUGUUACAUCAACUCUGCCGUCAACAUCAGAUAUCACCACAAAUGGUCUGACUACCAAGGUGGAGACAACUGAAUCAAGAACAACAAAAGGAUUCACUUCAGACAUUACAUCAACUGGGCUGUCAACAUCGGAUAUCACCACCAAUGCUCUAACUACUGAGGAGGAGACAACUGAAUCAGGAACAACUGAGGGAUUCACCUCAGAUAUGACAUCAACUGGGCCUUCAACCUCAGAUAUCACCACCAAUGGUCUAACUACUGAGGAUGAGACAACUGAUUCAGGAACAAAUGAGGGAUUCAUCUCAGAUAUGACAUCUACUGCUGUACCAACAUCAGAUAUCACCACCAAUGGUCUAACUACUGAGGAGGAGACAACGGAAUCGGGAACAACUGAGGGAUUCACCUCAGAUAUGACAUCUACUUCUCUACCAACAUCAGAUAUCACCACCAAUGGUCUAACUACUGAGGAGACAACGGAAUCGGGAACAACUGAGGGAAUCACCUCAGAUAUGACAUCUACUGCUCUGCCAACAUCAGAUAUCCCCACCAAUGGUCUGACUACCGAGGAGGAGACAACUGAAUCAGGAACAACUGAAGGAUUCACCUCAGAUGUUACAUCAACUCUGCCGUCAACAUCAGAUAUCACCACCAAUGGUCAGACUACCAAGGUGGAGACAACUGAAUCAAGAACAACAAAAGGAUUCACUUCAGACAUUACAUCAACUGGGCUGUCAACAUCGGAUAUCACCACCAAUGGUAUGACUACCGAGGAGGAUGCAACUGAAUCCGGAACAACAGAAGGAUUUACUUCAGAUAUAACAUCAGCUGGGCUGUCAACAUCAGAUACCACCACCAAUGGUCUAUCUACCGAGGAGGAGACAACUGAAUCAGGAACAACAGAAGGAUUUACCUCAGACAUUACUUCAACUGUUCCACCAACAUCAACUAUAACAACAAACGGUCCAACUACUGGACUAGAAUCAACUGAAUCAAGAACAACUGAGGGAUUUACCUCAGAUGUUACAUCAAAUGGUCCGUUAACAUCAACUAUAACAACAAAUGGUCUGACUACUGGACUAGAAUCAACUGAAUCAGGAACAACAGAAGGAUUUACUUCAGAUAUUACUUCAACUGGGCUGUCAACAUCAGAUAUCACCACCAAUGGUCUAACUACAGAGGAGGAGACAACUGAAUCAGGAACAACAGAAGGAUUUACUUCAGAUAUAACUUCAGCUGGGCUGUCAACAUCAGAUACCACCACCAAUGGUCUAUCUACCGAGGAGGAGACAACUGAAUCAGGAACAACAGAAGGAUUCACUUCAGUUAUUACUUCAACUGUUCCGCCAACAUCAGCUAUAACAACAAAUGGUCCGACUACAAGAUUAGAAACAACUGAGGGGGUCACCUCAGAUGUUACAUCAACUGGGCCUUCAACAUCAGAUAUCACCACCAAUGGUCUGACUACCGAGGAGGAGACAACUGUAUUAGGAACAACUGAGGGGGUCAUCUCAGAUGUUACAUCAAUUGGGCCUUUAACAUCAGAUAUCACCACCAAAACCAAUGGUCUAUCUACCGAGGAGGAGACAACUGAAUCAGGAACAACAGAAGGAUUCACCUCAGUUAUUACUGCAACUGUUCCGCCAACAUCAGAUAUCACGACCAAUGGUCUGACUACCGAAGAGGAGUCAACUGAAUCAGGAACAACUGAGGGAUUCACCUCAGAAAUGACAUCUACUGCCCUACCAACUUCAGAUAUCACCACCAAUGGUCUGACUUCCCAGGGGGAGACAACUGAAUCGGGAACAACUGAGAGGGUCAUCUCAGAUGUAACAUCAACUGGGCCUUCAACAUCAGAUAUCACCACCAAUGGUCUAUCUACCGAGGAGGAGACAACUGAAUCAGGAACAACAGAAGGAUUCACUUCAGUCAUUACUUCAACUGUUCCGCCAACAUCAGCUAUUACAACAAAUGGUCCGACUACAAGAUUAGAAUCAACUGAAUCAGGAACAACUGAGGGAUUCACCUCAGAUGUUACAUCAUCUGCUCCGUCAACAACACUUAUCACUACCAAUGGUUUGACUACUGAGGUGGAGUCAACUGAAUCAAGAACUGCUUCAACUUUCACAAGUGGUAUGACUACUGGUGCAGAAUUGACUGAAUCGGUAACAACUGGACUCACUUCAGCCAUUACCCCUUCUACAUCAGUUUUAAUGACCAGCAGAUUGACUACUGAUCUAAAAUCCCAAGAAUCAACAACAACUAAAAUAUUUACUUCAAAAGUUUCAACAGCUUCUCCUUUGACAUCUGAGUUCACCACAACCAGAGAGAUACAAUUUACAUCUGCGAUAACAAUGACUGCUUCAUCAACACCUGGGGCAUCAACAAAUCUUCUGAGUACUGAGCCUGAAUCUCGAACUACUGUGGGAUUUACAGCAGAAGUUACUUCAACCCAACCUACAACUGCUCCUUUCACAUCGGAUGUUUCAACAGAGGCUCCGACUACCAAGUCAGAAUCAACAGAAUCAAAGACCACUGCAGGGUUCACAUCAGAUGUGACGUCCGCUGGCCCUGUAACAUCAGAUGUUUCAACAGAGGCAUUGAGUACAAGAUCUGAAUUAACAGAACCCCAAACUACAGAAGGAUUUACUUCUGAGAUCACAUCAAAUGCUCCUUCAACAACAGAAUUUUCUAGUACUCUGAUAACAUCAGCUGAUCUCUCGACAUCAGAGGCUUCCACAGAGGCUUUAAGUACACAGCCAGAAUCAACAGAAUCUCAAACUACAGCAGGGUUUACAGCUGAUGUCACAACAACCCAACCAACAACAGGAUCCACUUUUCAAGUAACAUCAAGUAGAACAACUUCUACUGAUAGAUCAACAUCACAGGUAACAUCAACUGGUCCUUUGACAUCAGAAUUGUCAACAGAGGCUCCAAGUACACAGCCAGAAUCAACAGAAUCUCAAACUACAGCAGGGUUUACAGCUGAUGUCACAACAACCCAACCAACAACAGGAUCCACUUCUCAAGUCACAUCAAGUAGAACAACUUCUACUGAUAGAUCAACAUCACAGGUAACAUCAACUGGUCCUUUGACAUCAGAAAUGUCAACAGAGCCUCCAAGUACACAGCCAGAAUCAACAGAAUCUCAAACUACAGCAGGGUUUACAGCUGAUGUCACAACAACCCAACCAACAACAGGAUCCACUUCUCAAGUAACAUCAAGUAGAACAACUUCUACUGAUAGAUCAACAUCAGAGGUAACAUCAACUGGUCCUUUGACAUCAGAAAUGUCAACAGAGGCUCCAAGUACACGGCCAGAAUCAACAGAAUCUCAAACUACAGCAGGGUUUACAGCUGAUGUCACAGCAACCCAACCAACAACAGGAUCCACUUCUCAAGUAACAUCAAGUAGAACAACUUCUACUGAUAGAUCAACAUCACAGGUAACAUCAACUGGUCCUUUGACAUCAGAAAUGUCAACAGAGGCUCCAAGUACACAGCCAGAAUCAACAGAAUCUCAAACUACAGCAGGGUUUACAGCUGAUGUCACAACAACCCAACCAACAACAGGAUCCACUUUUCAAGUAACAUCAAGUAGAACAACUUCUACUGAUAGAUCAACAUCACAGGUAACAUCAACUGGUCCUUUGACAUCAGAAAUGUCAACAGAGGCUCCAAGUACACAGCCAGAAUCAACAGAAUCUCAAACUACAGCAGGGUUUACAGCUGAUGUCACAACAACCCAACCAACAACAGGAUCCACUUCUCAAGUCACAUCAAGUAGAACAACUUCUACUGAUAGAUCAACAUCACAGGUAACAUCAACUGGUCCUUUGACAUCAGAAAUGUCAACAGAGCCUCCAAGUACACAGCCAGAAUCAACAGAAUCUCAAACUACAGCAGGGUUUACAGCUGAUGUCACAACAACCCAACCAACAACAGGAUCCACUUCUCAAGUAACAUCAAGUAGAACAACUUCUACUGAUAGAUCAACAUCAGAGGUAACAUCAACUGGUCCUUUGACAUCAGAAAUGUCAACAGAGGCUCCAAGUACACAGCCAGAAUCAACAGAAUCUCAAACUACAGCAGGGUUUACAGCUGAUGUCACAGCAACCCAACCAACAACAGGAUCCACUUCUCAAGUAACAUCAAGUAGAACAACUUCUACUGAUAGAUCAACAUCACAGGUAACAUCAACUGGUCCUUUGACAUCAGAAAUGUCAACAGAGGCUCCAAGUACACAGCCAGAAUCAACAGAAUCUCAAACUACAGCAGGGUUUACAGCUGAUGUCACAGCAACCCAACCAACAACAGGAUCCACUUCUCAAGUAACAUCAAGUAGAACAACUUCUACUGAUAGAUCAACAUCAGAGGUAACAUCAACUGGUCCUUUGACAUCAGAAAUGUCAACAGAGGCUCCAAGUACACAGCCAGAAUCAACAGAAUCUCAAACUACAGCAGGGUUUACAGCUGAUGUCACAGCAACCCAACCAACAACAGGAUCCACUUCUCAAGUAACAUCAAGUAGAACAACUUCUACUUAUAGAUCAACAUCAGAGGUAACAUCAACUGGUCCUUUGACAUCAGAAAUGUCAACAGAGGCUCCAAGUAGACAGCCAGAAUCAACAGAAUCUCAAACUACAGCAGGGUUUACAGCUGAUGUCACAUCAACCCAACCAACAACAGGAUCCACUUCUCAAGUAACAUCAAGUAGAACAACUUCUACUGAUAGAUCAACAUCAGAGGUAACAUCAACUGGUCCUUUGACAUCAGAAAUGUCAACAGAGGCUCCUAUUACACAGCCAGAAUCAACAGAAUUCCUAAGUACUGUUGGAUUUACUUCUCAGGUAACAACAAGUAGAACAACAUCUUCAGAUAUAUCAACAUCAGAGAUAACACCAACUGAUCCCUUAACAUCAGAUCUUUUAACUUCAGGAAGCAUGUCAUCACCAUUCGCAACAUCAUCAGUUACUACUGCAGAAGAGACAACUGCUCAAGCAUCAACAAAGAGUCUGACAGAUGACGUGGUGACAACCAAAGAUGCAAGUACACCAGGAAUGAUGCCAUCCACUGAGAUAUCAACUAUAACAGAAUCUACAAGUGUACACAGUACCAGUGUGACUACUGAAGAUGACAGGACUACUAGAAUACAAACUACCCCAACAAUCACUGAGAAAACUACUGAGGAAAAGGCUCAGUCUACUACACAAGCUUUGACAACCAAGAGUGGGCUUUCUACCACUGAUGCAAUGUCAACUCGCCAAGGCACCACCUUAUUCGAGUCAACAACCAUAGAAGCUGCAUCCACUGAACAAGCUAUUACCACAAUUGGUCCAGAAGAAACUACAGCACAAGCUUCUACUGUUGAUGUAACCACAGGAAAGGCUACAACCCCGUCUGCGCUUACUUCGGAUGCAAUAACAGUGUCAACAGAAUUUGAAACAACAACUUCAUUUGUGUCAACAACUUCUUCAACACAGAUGGCCUCCACUGAUGUAACAACAGAUGAUGUUGUCACGUCUGUAAUAUCUUCAACAGUAGCAUCUACUGCUGGUGCAACGACUGGAAAUGAUACGACCCCAACUGUUUCAACACUUCCUAUAACAGUAGAUGUGACAACGCAGGUUUUUACAUCAGUAACGGUAGAAGCUUCAACAGUCAUCCUGACAACUAUCGGUGAAGUAACAACCAUGACACCUACAACACCCUCUGGGUCUACCAGGGAUUCAGUGGUCACAACAGAUGAAGUCACUACUCAACCAACUUCUACAUUUUCAGGUGUGACUGCACAUGCUUACGGUGACCCGCAUUUCUUGACCUUUGACACAAGAUCAUACAACUUCCAGGGAGAGUGUGAAUAUCUGCUGGCUUCAGACUGCCUGGCUGACUCAUCACGUUUCCAAGUUGUCAUAAACAACGAUAAAUCAACUACCUUCCCUGACUAUGCACAGGUUGCGGGUGUCGAUGUGACUGUAGAUGAUAUACUUAUUUCAAUGAUAGGAAGCAGUGUAUCAGUAGAUGGGAUCAGUGUUACCCUCCCAGUGCAGCCGUCUAUUGGUCUCACCGUCUGGAAUACAGGCUCAACUAUAGCAAUAUCAAGUGACUUUGGUUUCAAUGUGGAGUGGGGAAUAACGUCAUCUCUCACUCUCAUCCUCAACUCAACCUUUGCCAAUGUGAUGUGUGGAUUAGCAGGUGACUACAACGGCAACCCCGAGGAUGACACACGCACUGCCACUGGGACUGUGGCAUCCCUGAUGCAAUUCACAAACAGUUAUGUGGAGAACCCUGAGGACUGCCCAGCCUAUGUGCCUCCUCCAGAUGACCCUUGCGCUACCCAGAAUGCAUCAGUCAUUGCUAGUGCAUCCUCUGUCUGCGAUAUGUUGGUGAAUCUAUCAGGACCAUUCGGCGAGUGCAUCGGGCGUGUAAGCACCAUCUCUGCAUUUUACCAGAGUUGUCUCUACGACUUCUGUGCAACCUAUCCUGUUGGUGAAGGCAUCUGUGAUGUCUUCUCAACUGCUGCUCGUGAAUGCAGAAUACGUGGUUACGUAGUCCAAGGAUGGCGCUCUGCAGAUCUGUGUCCUGUCCAAUGCGAUGCCAACUCCAGCUUCAGCUACUGUGGGCCUGCCUGCCCCACCACAUGCUACAGCGUGCGUAACACCGGGGAUGAUCUCCAGUGUUCUGAUGCCUCCUGCAUUGAGGGAUGUUUCUGUGAUCCUGGCUUUGUUCUGGAAGGGAAUGGCUGCGUUCCUUCAGAGUCCUGUGGAUGUGUCUCAAAUGGAUUUUAUCAUAUGGUUGGUGAGACAUGGUUGACCUCGGGAUGUAUAGAGGAAUGCACCUGCUCCUCAAAUGGCACUACGGUCUGUGUUGCACUCUCCUGCAGUGAGUACUCUACCUGUGAGAUCAGGGGUGGUGCCCUGGACUGCUCCUGCAGAGAAGGCUAUGAAGGAGAUGGAGUCAACUGCCUCUUGCAAUGUCAGGAGGAUUACUUCCGAUGUCCUGAAGGAACAUGUAUUCCAGAGCUCUAUGUGUGUGAUGAGUACCCAGGAGACUGCCUCAAUAACUAUGAUGACUCUGAAGAGCUGUGUUGUAACAUCAGGAAUGUGACGGCUUUCUGCCCCAAGCCAAACCAUUUCCGUUGCCCAGAUGGAGUGUACAUUCCAUUUACUUACGUCUGUGAUGACUGGCCCUACGACUGUCUGGAUAAUUACGAUGAAUCUCCAGAACUCUGUACAGGUCUCUGCCCUAACCCUGGCAUCCCAUCUCAGGGGUCCAUCUCACCUUACCAGACCGUUUACACCAACGGAUCAACGGUGGAGUAUACCUGUAAUGAGGGCUAUGUUCUGAUUGGGGAAACAAGUGACACAUGUAUCGAAGGGGCUUUCAAUUUGGAGUUACCACAGUGUUAUGGAAGUUGCAUCUUACCAAGAGAGCCUAACAAUGGUGGUCUCAAUGGGUCCGCUUUCACCCACAGUGACGUUAUUGGUUUUACCUGUAACAAUGGCUACCAGAUGAGCCCAGAGGGGGCUUAUGUGAGAUGUGACAACGGGACUGUCGUGGGGACUAUUCCUAUAUGCACAGAUAUUAAUGAGUGUUCAAGCCUACCAUGCCAAAACAAUGGCACAUGCUUCAAUGAGAUCAAUCAGUAUCGAUGCGAGUGUUCAACUGGAUGGACUGGAACAAACUGUGAACAGGAUAUCAACGAAUGCAGCAGCUCUAGCCUAAAUGACUGUGGUCUGAAUGCUACCUGUACUAACACCAAUGGGAGCUAUAUAUGCACGUGUGAUGAAGGCUUUGUUGGUGAUGGUAUAACAUGCAUAGAGAUGAUCCUAUUCCCAUUCGCUACAUCUAACGGAGAUAGCCAGCUAUCGCUCACCUCAGAGUCUGCCACCUCGGAUGGGAGCAGGAACCCAACACAAGAGGAGAUCUCCCCCACCAUCAGACCACCGACUGGGUUCCCAUUCGGGGAUACAUUCUACUACAGUCUCUAUUUCAUGGAUAAUGGGCUAAUAAUAUUCAUCAACGAAAAUGAUGAGAAGUAUGGAUUCCCCAAUCCAUACCCUAACGGUUUCUCCAAUGACACUCGUCUGCCUCUAGUGGCUCCCUUCUGGGCCGAUGCUGACAUUAGUGAUGGCGAAGGAGAAGUCUUUUAUCAGAUAUAUGAGAGGUCAUACUCCAACAAUGCCAACCAGACUGCCGUACUUGAUGAUGCCAGCUACAGGAUCAGAGCCUUUGAACCUGACAUGUCAGGGUUCAAUGCUACGUGGAUGCUGGUGGUGACCUGGAAUGACCUCCCAUCAUUCAUCUCCAGUAAUACCAACACCUUCCAAGCGGCGUUGGUAACCGAUUCCCGCUACAGCUUUGUGCUCUUCAACUACCAGGAGAAGGACAUGAACUGGGACCCUGUGACCCUAGCCAGCACCAACCUCAUCAUGGGCUAUAACUUGGGUAAUGGCCAGUAUGUCAACAUGCAUCUUGAUGAUCCUCCAUUUGCUGGAGUAGAUGAGCGCUUCAGACCAGAUCAAUAUGUUGGCAACACUGGCCUGAAGGGGCGUUGGAUCUACCGACUUGAGAACAACACGGUGGAUACCAUCAACGCCAAACAGUUCUGCUUGGACUGGUACAACUUAGAACCAGCUCCGAACACCUGGGACCGCUACCUGGGCACCUGCCCCUGCUCUUUCACUCAGGGUGGCGAGGAUGGAGCAUACAGUUCUGGACGUCGCAGUAGGAGGUCAUCGACCACUAUGUCGUCAUCGCGUGCCUUGGAUCAGGCACUCAUUGAGGAGAUCAAUAUCCUUGAGGGGGAGCCAUUUUGUCUUCAGACCAGCAUAUCCCCUGGUGACAAUGGAGCUGGUAUGUACUGUUGUUACCGCGGUGAUCAAUCACUCAUAGAAGGCUAUGGAGGGGAUCUUACAAGCAGUUUUGAAGAGCGAUACCAGUUCAAUCUUGGUGGAUCCUUCGACUUUGUUGCCUAUCUAAACUGGCUAGUGUAUGAUUUUUCACCUCGUCACUACUGCUGUGGAGCCUCUAAUGAUGAGGCCUUCUGUGAUCUGUAUACUGAGAAACGGCCAGCUGGUACAUGCACUGGAUAUCUGCCACCAAAUUCAGGUUGGAUGCUUGGUGACCCUCACAUCACCACCCUCGAUGGCUACAUCUACACCUUUAAUGGUCUAGGGGAAUACACGAUGGUCACCAUACCAGAUGACACCAGUACCAGCAAUCUCUUCACUCUCCAAGGACGAACAAUGAGGGCGCUAGAUACAGAGACCCAGGAUUUGACGAAUGCUACCUUCUUUGUUGCCUUCGCUGCUCAGGCCGCCAACUCUACUCUUGUUGAGAUGGAGUUGAAUGAUAUUGGAACAGACUUUGAUGUUUAUGUAGAUGGAGUCCUCUUCAAUAAGUCAUCUUUGUCUCAAGGGGCAUAUGUGAAUGGAGGCUUCUCCCUACAGCAGCGUAUCAGCAAUGGAUCACUAAGAGUUGUUGCUUACUGGCAGGUCGGGAUGUCCAUCAACGUCGGCGUCAUUGAGGGUUUCCUUGAUAUCGUCUUCUCAGCUCCAGAGAGCUACAAGACCGGCGUCACUCGAGGACUUCUGGGUGUGUGGGAUGGUGAUAUCUGGAAUGACUUCAUGAGAUCAGAUGGUUUACUGCAGACUGCUACAGGACCUGAGGGCAACUAUACUGACAGUGAUCUAUUCACCUUUGGAGAAUCAUGGCGCAUCUUGGUCAGUGAGUCCCUCUUUAACUACACCCGCAGUGGACAGAGCUGGGUGACCUUCAAUAACGUGACCUUCACCCCGGUCUUCCUGGAUGACCUGAUAGCAGCCACAGAGCAGAGUGACCCUGCCUUCCUAGCAUCAGCCCAAGACACCUGUGGCAGCAGCAGAGAGUGUCUUUAUGAUUCCCUAGCAACCAGAGACAAUGCCAUCGGGAUGUCAACAAAACUGACGGAAGAGGCCUUCAUUACCAAUAAUGAUAUACUCUUGAACUUCCCACCAAACGUCACAGGAGUUAGUAACAACCUCGAGGUGGAGGUUGGGAAUCCAGUCAACUUUACUGUCAUGGCAACAGAUCCUGAAGGCGGUGAUGUGACCUUUGACCUCUUGAAUGAUGUACCUGGUGCAGAGAUCAACAGUUCAAGUGGUGUAUUUAUUUGGACACCUCAGUCCACCGCGCCGGUCAGUCUGGUCAUCCGUGCUUCAGACGGUCAAGUCUACAGCCCUGUUGAACCAGUGGUCAAGAUUUGUGACUGCCAGAAUAAUGGAACCUGCGUGUAUGACCAGUACACGGACGACUCCAAUAUCAUCAAUGAUAGAUUUGCGGUUGUUGUGUGCGUGUGCAGCCCGGGUUGGACGGGUGAUUUCUGCCAGCUGGAUAAUGAUGCUUGCACUGAUAGCCCUUGCUUUCCGGGAGUAACAUGCAUUGACAGCAUGGCACCUAGUACGGGUAACCUCUGCGGAUCAGGCACUUGCCCAAAUGGGCUAGUUGGGGAUGGAUUCAAAUGUGCAGACUUUGAUGAAUGUGUGGAGUGGGCCAACCGAUCAGCCGCGGAUGGAGGACCAGCUUGUGAACAGAUCUGUAUCAAUGUCCUAGGAUCUUACUCCUGUAACUGUGAUCCUGGCUAUGAGCUCCAUCCAGAUCUUAGAUCAUGCAUCGAUAUGGAUGAGUGUGAACUUGGAACAGAUAACUGUGAUGUGAAUGCAGACUGUGUCAAUACAGUAGGAUCAUUCAGCUGCUCUUGUCUGGAUGGCUACAGAGGAGAUGGGGUCAGCUGUACAGAUAUCGAUGAGUGUCUAGAGGUUACUCAAAUUUGUGAUCCUAAUGCUGACUGCACGAACAUCCCUGGCUCUUACGUUUGUGAUUGUGUUGCAGGAUUUGAGGGGAAUGGACAAUCAUGUUCAGAUAUCGAUGAGUGUGCUCGUAACCUUGACAACUGCAACAUCAAUGCAUUUUGCACCAAUACUGUUGGCUCCUAUGGUUGUACAUGUGAGUCUGGUUGGGAGGGGGAUGGCAUCACGUCUUGCUCUAACAUCAACGAGUGUCUGCUUGCAUCCAGGGAGUGUCACCCUAGAGCUACAUGUGAAGACACCCUGGGAAGCUACCUCUGUACCUGUCCUGUGGGUCUGGUGGGGGAUGGCAUCACUUGUGUUGAUAUUGAUGAGUGUAUCACAGGACUAGAUGAGUGUGCUGAGGGUUCAAGCCUCUGCCUGAACACCCAAGGAUCAUAUGACUGCCGCUGUAACACUGGUUACUCUGGAAAUGGCUUUACUUGCGAGGAUGUGAAUGAGUGCAGAUCCAAUGUAUCUGUUUGCUCCAGCAAUGCUCUAUGUGAUAAUACUGUGGGAUCAUUCAGCUGCCAAUGCAAGCCUGGAUUCGCAGGGGAUGGUGUGACUUGUGUGGAUAUGAAUGAAUGUGCUGUUGGUACUGAUGACUGUAACUCAACGUUGGGUAUCUGUACAAACACUGUUGGUUCCUACUCAUGCUCCUGUGUGUCUGGCUAUACAGGGGAUGGCAGGACAUGUCAAGAUAUUGAUGAGUGUCAAACCCAGGCUGAUGACUGUGAGCAAGUGUGUACCAAUACUGUGGGUAGCUUUGAGUGUUCAUGCACAGAUGGGUACAGAAUCGAUCUCUCGCUCCCAAACACUUGUCUUGAUGAGGAUGAGUGUGCACUUGGUAUCAGUGGUUGCCCCCAGGGGUGUAACAAUACCACCCCUGCUCAGAACCCAGAUGGUUUCAGUUGCUACUGCUAUGAAGGCUUCAUCGCUGACCUGCAAGGCAACUGUGUCCCGGAAACAAGCUGCAUAAGUACUGUAUGUAGCAAUGCAGACUGUGUUAAUCUCAACGGAAUGGAGAUGUGUGUUUGCUACAAUGGCUACAAAUUCAACAGCUCCGACAUCACAUCUUGUAUAGAUAUUGACGAGUGCACUGAUGUAGAAUACAGCAACAUGUGCAAUCAGGACUGUACCAAUACCAUUGGAGGGUACAACUGCUCCUGCUCUGAGGGGUAUUCCCUUGAGACUGAUGGCCGCACAUGCAAUGAUAUCAAUGAAUGCCAAGAUGGAAGUAACACAUGUGAUACAGCAUCUCAGAUAUGUAUUAAUACAGUGGGAGGUUUCAUGUGUCAAUGCAUGACCGGAUUCGUACAAAAUGGAUCAAUUUGUCAAGACAUCGAUGAGUGUGCUGACAGCAGUUUAUGUGGAACCAAUGCGAUGUGUAUCAAUUCUUUUGGCAGCUACAUGUGUAGUUGUGUGAGUGGUUAUGAUGGAGAUGGGAUCACCUGUCUUGAUGUUGAUGAGUGUUCAAAUGGGAAUGAUUGUCAUGAGUUCGCACAGUGUGUCAAUACAGAGGGAUCCUAUAACUGUUCUUGUUUGAGUGGUUACACCGGAAAUGGAACAUUCUGUGAAAACAUCGAUGAAUGUGUAAACGACACCACCUGCAUAUCACCAGCGGUCUGUGUUGACACCUCUGGAAGUUUCAUCUGUGAAUGCCCCAGUGGAUAUGACCCUACUGGAACCAGCUGUAUCAACAUCAACGAGUGCACCCUAUCUCAGAAUGACACUCGUCGUCAUGAGUGUGAUACCAAUGCUGCUUGUAUAGAUCUCCCUGGGAGUUAUAACUGCUCCUGCUUAGCUGGUUACCAAGGCAACGGACUCCAGUGUGAAGAUAUCAACGAGUGUAACACACCAGAUGCAUGCGUCACCAACUCCCAGUGUACUAACACCAACGGGUCCUACCUGUGCACAUGUGAUGCUGGUUACCGUGGUGAUGGUCGCAUCCAGUGCAAUGAUAUCAACGAGUGUGAUGAGAAUCCGAACAUCUGUGAUGAGAACGCAAGCUGUAAUAACACGGUUGGUAGCUACACCUGCACAUGUAAUGAUGGAUUUGCAUCUAAUGGGACUGCUUGCACAAAUGUUGAUGAAUGUGUAGAGGAUACCCUGAAUGACUGUCAUCCCCUGGCUACCUGCACAGACACCAUAGGUAGCUACAUCUGUACCUGUCAGACUGGACUCAUCUCCCCUGAAGGAGCUAGAGGCAGAUCAUGUAAUGAUCUUGAUGAGUGUUCACUAGGUAUCAGUACUUGUGAUGCAGUGAUGGAAGAUUGUUUUAACACCUACGGAGCCUUCACAUGUAGCUGUGCUGAUGGCUAUGCACUCAGCAGUGGACAAUGCCAAGAUGUUGAUGAGUGUCUAGAUGACCCUUGUGAAAGCCAGGUGAACACCCGAUGUGAGAACCUAGCUGGAUCAUACCAGUGCGUCUGCAGGACAGGUUACUAUGUGGUCAACUCUCAAUGCUUACCUGCCAUGUCAAUGCUUCUCACUGCAACCUUCACUGAUAUAGCUGGAUUGGAGGUGCUCGGACAGUACUUUGUUUACAAUGAUUUUGCCUUGUAUAAACCACAGCUUGAAAUAAAUGUGGACACCCUCCUCCAAAGCGCCGAUCUGACCAACUACACGGCUGUCUCCGUCUCUACCUCUCGUCUCCAGACAUUGGGAGUUGAGGUCGAGUUCAUCCUGGACUUCCUUGCGACAUCUACGACCACGGCAGAUGAGAUUCUAGUGGCUUUCCUGGCAGGGCUUCAAGGGAGGGAUGAUAAUGUUAUCUUGCCAGAUAAUGUCAUUAUCAGGAGUACUGCGUUUGUUGGACAGCCAGUGAUUAAUCCAUGUGUGGAGCAAACAGACAACUGCACAACAAACUCAGACUGUAUCUUCCUUGGUACCUCUGGAAACUAUACUUGUCAAUGUCAAGAUGGGUUCAUGGGAGAUGGAUUCACAACCUGUACAGACAUCAAUGAAUGCCUGAAUGACAUGUCAUGCACAAAUGAAGGAGAGAGGUGUGUUAACACUGCCGGAAGCUAUUCUUGUGACUGCAUGAUUGAAAGAGGUUACGUUGCUAACGAUGGAGUAUGCACAUUAUAUGAAGUAUACCGCGGCCAGCUCACUGCCACUUUUAUCAGCGGUCUUCCAGCUAUAUUCACCUCUGACCUCACCGACUCCUCUAGCCAGGCUUACUCGAGUUUAGCUUUCUUAGUCAGCAAUGCGAUACGAUAUCUCUUCCUACUGGAGCCAAACCUGCAAGACUUCUUCCAGUCUUGCACGGUGUCUGGUUUCACCAACGGCAGUGUGGUGGCGACAUACUAUGUUUCCUUCACCCAGUCGGUCAAUACUUCAAAGAGCUCCCUCACAGCUCUCGUUGUGAACACCCUUGAGACUGAUGGCAUUCUUACUACAGGCAUUGCCUCUCAAGGGAAUAUCACUGCAGAUAUUAACUCUGUUGAAUUCACCAAAAUUACCCAAGAGUGCACAAACACUUUCUGUUUCAAUGGAGGAACAUGUUCUUUGCAGAAUGGAUUGAGAGUCUGCCAGUGCCCUAGUGGUUAUGAGGGAGAUACUUGUGAGAUUGCUCCUAGGACUCAGCCUCCUACUAUAACCACCACCCUGGAGGAGAGUACCAUGGCAACGGAAAACAUCACUGAGAUGACCAACACCACAACAUCAUCCCAGACAACUGGCCUUUCUGAUGCUCAAAUCAUCGGCAUCGUCUUUGGCAUCCUGGGAUUCAUCGUUGUCGUGUUCCUAUUCAUCGUUUGCUGCUGCGCCGUUGUCAUCCGCCACCGCCAGCGCAACAUGUUGCUCUACUCCAAGCCCCGUUCCUACGACAUUGCCGAUGAUCGUCAACAUGUCCUGUACAAUGUUCCUCGCGCUCAACGCACAGGACGCUCUGACUUCCGCCACAACGAUGGCUCAGAGCAGUACAGGCUGCCAUCCUAUCUCUUUGAUUCAGAGAUUGACUCCAGCGAGAGAACAAGUGAUAUCUUCAGGACCAUGGGCAGUUAUACAGAUGAGAGCUAUUCUGUGAAUAAUGUAAGCUACAAUACGGAGGAGGAUCGUCGCAUGCAGCAAUUGGCAGAAGUCAUCACACAAUCACCGUACCUCAAUGAACGGAUGCGAUCCCAGAUUACGGAUAUUGCUGGCAGGUCUCGUCACAGGCCGCCCCAACAGUCUGAAUUUGUGCGGCCCUACGUGGCGUCCGGUCGAGAAGCAGAAUUCUUAUCAACGGCUAGCGACUCAGGAGACAAUAUCAGUCCAACCAGAAGGUUCCAGAUACCAAGAGCUCAAGUUCCAUGGGGUCUUCGAGAAAGCCACACAUAAAACUAUAAAGCAAAUGAUUCAUGUAUUUACUUUUAGAUAUUCUCAUAAGUACUUAUUAAAGACCGUCAAUAUUACUGGGCCAGAAGAGAUUAGACAUCAGCCAGGUUACUGACAGGUGGUUAUCUCAUCAACUUAGCUCUCAACUAACAUAAGAAAAAGAGGAUCAUGGGGGACCAACAGGCACCGAUUGGGGAAGUUUUCUAUAUAUGAGGGAGCAAGUAGCUACAAGUAGGACAGUGGGGCUUUAAGGAAAUGCUUAUGGUUAUAUUUCUUUGAGUGUUGCAAAUACACUUAACUCUGCAUAUUAAGGCCAAUCUGUUCAGACAGCAAACCAAUAGUUAAGUUAUGCAAAAUUUGGCUUUAGAAGUGUUAAUAUCAAGUUUUGCAUAGUUUGGUCAAAAUGAUUGUUUCAACUUGUGCGACUUCAACUUAUGCAAAGUAAGCUGUAAUUCUUGAAUAUUUACAUGUACACGCAAAGCGAGAUGGUGAUAGAGAGUUAGAGACUGUAAAAUCAAGCAAUCAUUAUUAUUUAAUUAGCUUGCAUUAUACAACUGAUUACAGUGGAAUCUUGUUAAAACAAACUCUUAACAUAACAUAUUUUUACCAUACCCCCUUAUUUUUUAUGACGUUUCUUUAGGACAGGUUAUACAGUUAACAAGUUUUCAACAUACAAAUAAUCUCCUUGUUCCCAAAGUGUUUACUAUAACAAGGUUCCAUGGUCUAUCACUCUGUCUUUCUUCAAAUUUGUAAACGAUAUACCCUAUGACAAUCAAGAAAGUGCAUGAUAAUACAGAGAAUACUUAAAAUGUAAGUCAAAUGAAUAAUGUAUCAAUUUUUUUAUUAUAAAUUUUAAGUUAGAAACAUGAUUUAAUAAUGAAAACCUGUCUUUUCUUGGGAACAGGAGAAAGAUUUUUUUAAAUUCAUGAACUUAAAUAUUGUAUCAGUAUUUAUUAACAUAUCAGUAUUAAUCAGUUCUAUCUAUUCUUAUGAUUCGUUUUUGCAUUAUAAAUUCAAAUUUUAACAACUCCAUCAGUAAUAACUCUAUUUUCAUGAUAUUUUUAUAAUAAUAUUUGAUUAUUGAUAUAUUCUUGGUGUAACCAUAUGUAUUUAUGUUCCAUUUUACCUGGAUUAAGUGUAAUUUUUUGUUGAGAGAAAAGUUGUAAAUUUUAUUACCAAAAAUUGCUUGUAAGCUAUUAUGUAUUGUUUUAUUUUUAAGUUAUAUAAAUAUAUAU